GUGCCGCGCCCCGCCGAGCCCGGCCCGCCGCGCCAGGUGAGGGUGAGCGGCCGCGGGAGCGCCGGCCGCGGCCAUGGGCACCCUGGGCAAGGCGAGAGAGGCCCCGCGGAAACCUUCUCAUGGCUGCAGAGCUGCCACUAAAGCAAGACUAGAGGUGAAGCCAGCCAGCAGCCCCCUCCACUCCCAUGCCAGCCUGGCCCAGAUCACCCAGUUCCAAAUGAUGGUGUCUCUGGGACAUUUAGCCAAAGGAGCCAGCCUGGACGAUCUCAUCGACAGCUGCAUUCAGUCUUUUGAUGCAGAUGGAAACCUGUGCCGAAGUAACCAACUGUUGCAAGUCAUGCUGACCAUGCACCGGAUCAUCAUUUCCUCCACUGAACUGCUCCAAAAAGUCAUCGCCCUCUAUAAGGAUGCCUUGGCAAAGAAUUCACCAGGGCUUUGCCUGAAGAUCUGCUAUUUUGUAAGGUACUGGAUAACAGAAUUCUGGAUCAUGUUUAAAAUGGACGCUAGCUUGACAAACGCCAUGGAAGAGUUUCAGGAACUGGUGAAGGCUAAGGGCGAGGAGUUGCACUGCCGCCUGAUUGACACGACUCAAAUCAAUGCCCGUGACUGGUCCAGGAAGCUGACCCAAAGGAUAAAAUCCAACACCAGCAAGAAACGUAAAGUGUCCCUGCUGUUUGACCACCUGGAACCAGAGGAGCUGUCGGAGCACCUCACCUACCUUGAGUUCAAGUCCUUCCGGAGGAUAUCCUUCUCCGAUUAUCAGAAUUACCUCGUGAAUAGCUGUGUGAAGGAGAACCCCACCAUGGAGCGGUCCAUUGCCCUGUGUAACGGCAUCUCCCAGUGGGUACAACUGAUGGUUCUCAGCCGCCCCACCCCGCAGCUCCGGGCAGAAGUCUUUAUCAAGUUCAUCCAGGUGGCUCAGAAGCUCCACCAGCUACAGAACUUCAAUACACUGAUGGCCGUGAUAGGCGGGCUGUGUCACAGCUCCAUCUCCAGGCUCAAGGAGACAAGUUCACAUGUCCCUCACGAAAUCAACAAGGUUCUGGGUGAGAUGACUGAGCUGCUGUCCUCCUGUAGAAACUAUGACAACUAUCGGCGAGCCUAUGGGGAGUGUACCCAAUUCAAGAUCCCCAUCCUGGGGGUGCACCUCAAGGACCUCAUAUCCCUGUACGAAGCUAUGCCCGACUAUCUGGAAGAUGGGAAGGUGAACGUCCACAAGCUGCUGGCCCUUUACAAUCAUAUCAAUGAGCUGGUCCAGCUGCAAGAGGUGGCCCCACCCUUGGAGGCCAACAAGGACUUGGUGCAUUUGCUGACGUUGUCCUUAGAUCUCUACUAUACCGAAGAUGAGAUCUACGAGCUCUCCUAUGCUCGGGAACCAAGGAACCACAGAGCCCCACCACUAACACCUUCAAAACCACCAGUCGUAGUGGAUUGGGCCUCUGGAAUAUCUCCCAAACCUGACCCAAAGACCAUUAGCAAACACGUCCAGAGGAUGGUGGAUUCUGUCUUCAAGAACUAUGAUCAUGACCAGGAUGGAUACAUUUCUCAGGAAGAGUUUGAAAAGAUUGCCGCCAGUUUUCCCUUUUCCUUCUGUGUGAUGGACAGGGACAGGGAAGGCCUCAUCAGCAGAGACGAGAUCACAGCCUACUUCAUGAGGGCCAGCUCAAUCUACUCCAAGCUGGGCCUGGGCUUUCCUCACAACUUUCAAGAGACCACCUACCUGAAACCUACUUUCUGUGACAACUGUGCUGGCUUUCUCUGGGGAGUGAUCAAACAAGGAUAUCGAUGUAAAGACUGCGGGAUGAACUGCCACAAACAAUGCAAAGAUCUGGUUGUGUUUGAGUGCAAGAAGGGAGCCAAGAACCCAGCAGUUCCCACAGAGAACAGCGCUGCUGGAGGGCCAGCAUCCAGUCUUUGCUCAUUGGGAGCCAAAGAACUGCUCCAUGUACCUGAGGAAGGACCUUUCACAUUCCCUAAUGGGGAGGCUGUAGAACACAGUGAGGAAAGUAAAGAUCGGACCAUCAUGCUCAUGGGAGUGUCCUCACAGAAGAUUUCAGUUCGGCUGAAGAGGACUGUCGCCCAUAAGGCCACCCAGACGGAAUCACUGCCUUGGCUUGGCAGUGAGGGUCCUUCUGGUCCCUUUCUACUGUCUUCCCCAAGGAAGACAGCCCAGGAUACUCUGUAUGUGCUUCCCAGUCCCACAUCUCCAUGCCCCAGCCCCGUCUUGGUCAGAAAGCGAGCUUUUGUCAAGUGGGAGAAUAAAGAAUCCCUCAUAAAAUCAAAAGAGGAUCUCCGUCAUCUCAGACUCCCAACCUACCAAGAGCUGGAACAGGAAAUAAAUACCCUGAAAGCAGAUAAUGAUGCUCUGAAGAUCCAACUGAAAUAUGCACAGAAGAAAAUAGAAACCCUCCAACUUGCAAGAAGCAAUCAUGUCUUGAUGGAACAAGGUGACUGUUCUUAGCCCAGAAACUGAAGGAGUACAAUGUGUCAAGUCAGAGGUCUCUUAAAUAAAACCAGUAACACAAACCCCUGGGGAAUCUUUGAGUGUCCAGCUAUUUAAAAAGGGUACUUUAAAAAAGAAAAGCAAGUUAAAGUUAUUUUUUUCUUUUUUCUUUUUUUUUUUUUACUUGAAAGACUCCUAGUCAGUUGAAUCAAAGGGUAGGAAAGCUACAGAAUGCAAAAAUCUUUCCCAUUCAUACCAGACUUUUUCUUCCCCCCGGGAAUAACACCAACAGCUUGAUAAAAACAUGACUACAGAUUUCCGACAAGGUUGGUUCUCCUAUGGGGCCUGUGUAGCUACUUCUUCCUUAGAACUAAAAUCACUGGAAAGUCUAUUUGCUUCCUUCUGUGGGUUUUCUGUGAACUGAGGGGUUUGUUUUGUUCCAUCCAAAGCUUGCUCACAAUGGAAAGAUAUAUUCUAAAAAUAGAUUUACUUCCUCUAUCUUCCAGCCUUCUUUUCGAAUCUGGUUCCCACUUCACUACCUCAGAUCUCAUCAGUUACAUUUUUCCCCACUCCUUCCUCACUAGGCUCAUAUUCACAUGAGGAUAUCUACCCUAGGAAUAAACUUCUGAAGAUGAAGCCACAGAAUGGGGGAGGGGGCGCGGGGUAAGUGACCAAGACAUUAUCUAAUUACAGGUCAACUCAGUUUUAGUCUUACCGCUGUUAAGUAGGCAAAUGAAAUAUCUGGAAACAUAGCUAAUACCACCUCAUACACAAAUGGCCAGGUACCUUAAAAAAAAAAAAAAACUACAAACAUGAUGUUUGUCCUUCUAUAUCUAUAUUGGAUAGAAUUAGGAAUUUAUGGCUUUUUGAUAAGAGUCUAUUUAACUUUUCAUGUGCCAUCUUUAUCCUUUUUUUUUUGAAGUAACUAUUUUGAACUGAAUUUGUGCUAUACUGUCUUCACUAUUAAUAUUAUUUAGAAAUAAGCUAACUGGAUCAGAGGCUUCAAUAAGACCUGAGAGUGUAUAUAUGUGUAUAUAUCAUGUAUAUACAAUAUCAAGUAUGCAUGUGACUUGGAAUUUUGUUUCCUCCUUCAUAAAAUGUGAAAGUGAAUUAAACAACUCUGUCAUUUACACAAAUCCACAAAUAUAAAGCUCAGUUUGUUACAAGAUAAAUUGCUUACGAUGUAAACUGUACUAUUUAGCAAAAUCACAAUUACGAGUCCUAUGAGUUUUCUAUUAAUGAAAGUUAAUGAUAAAUGGGCUCAUUUAGUUGUCUGGGCAACUGUUUACAAACUCUCGAUCUGUAAAAUUUAUCAGACUCUUGAUUUCUCUAAAAAGUUCUUGAAAUUUUCUUUUUGAGGGGAAUUUACCUUCUAUGCUUAGAAAGCUUGGUACCAAGCAGAUCUGAAAUUCAUACACAAAUUGACCAAUUGCUAAGAACAUAAUCUCCACAAUUAAAGUUCAAAACCUAAAGCCAGCAAUACCAAAUCUUAAUCAGAAUACAAAGUAUAUAUAAAGUGUAACUUCCUUGGAGGAUUCAGACCAUUUAAGAAGUUUCUUUGAUGAAGACCAGUUCCUAUUUGCACACCUCCUUGUACUGUUAGUGACAAAGCUAGUAAGUAGCUUUCCGUUAGUGUUUUAAAGAAUUGCUUUACACAAAAAUUUACCCUAAUUCCAAACUCAGAAAUCUCCAUAGCAGGCUGCUUUGGUCCAUCACCAGGUGAAGCACUUUGUCCAUAUAAUGUAAGUAACAAACAUUAAUUUCUGAUAAUCUUUAAAAUUCACAUUCUUCAUUAUUAUUCUUUCCCUCUGAUAUAGACCAAAGGUGGUACAGCUCAAUUUCUUCAUAAGCGUAGUCACAUAACACGAAUUUUUUCAUUCUCCUUCCCUCCCUCCGAAAUAGAGAUCCCAAGUUAAUUCUUGUGUACAUAAUCUGUAAUCCUAGAAUUCCAAAGGUUAGAGCUCCUUAAUCAGUCAAAGCAAUAUGGCUGGAGGGUCUCAAGCAUUCCAGAACUUAUCACUGAAAUGGAUAGGAAGCAGUUUUGUUAGAAGUUUUUACAGUCCAGCAAGGGCCAAAGAAGAAUAGUAUGUUAAAUAAUAUUAUUUGCACUGAACUACAUGGGAUUAGAAUCUAUAGAAAUAAUAUUUCUGGAAACUUUUGGUUUGUCAAGCAAGCCUAGACUCUGAGCACCUAUUUAUCUGUCAAAACAAGGACAAAUCUUGUUUUGUCAACAGCAACGUCAUUUCUCAUUUUCUUUGGUAAUUAACUUGCCUUUUUACUGACCAUUUGUGAAUUUCUGUUUAAAGGAUGUAUAAUGUAAAAGAACUGCAAGGAAAAAACAAGUGUACAGAUUGUAAAGGGUUUUUUUUUUUGAUAUCUAAUGUAAGUUUUCUUUGUGUAAUAUUUGUAUGAUAAAAAAAAUUCAGAUCCCUGCCACAUAGCUGUGUUGUUUCUUCUAGUUAUGAAUAUGUAGAAGCUUCUCUUGAAUUUUUACUACAAUCCACAGCUGACACCACUCCCCCUAUUCUAUUAACUUGGUUUUCCUGGAAGGAAAAGGAAAAAAUUACUCGGUGUAAGUUUUUCUAAACCUUUUUAUAACUUGAAGUAACAGUACAGAAAUAUUCAACCUUUUCCGAUCUUAUUGCAUAAGGACUUACAGGGGUCCCCAAAUACUGUCUAUAAAUACUUAACAAUGAAGGAGAUAGAUUUGAGGUGGUCAUUUCUCUGUGGCUUUUGUCUUUAAUUCCAUAGUUCUAAGAAAACUAGCAAGUAAAGAACAACUUUGGAGUUGUGCAUGAAAUUGGUAGAGGAUAGUUCUAAUAUAGACCCCACCCCCCCAGAGCAAUUCAUUUGUGUUCAUGAUUAGAGUGAUUAAGAGAUGGUCAAGACUUUCCCUUAACUGCCAGCCAACUUUUGUUUAACCAGACCAAUGAAUAGUGGGGUAAAUUCCACUACAGGAUGCAUUCUGUUAUAUUUGGAUGUGGGUAUAUUUAUCAUUUUGGCAAUUCUUAACACUUCUUACAAAAUAAGUCACAUUGACAACCUGAUUCUGAAGAGAUUAAACUGCCUCCUUUCUUCCA